GGACGUCCCUGUGCCGGGGACUCCUCCCAGAUAUCCCGGUGCAACACCCAGCCCUGUCCCGGUGGGCCUUCACGAGCCAAAGGCAGCAUCAUUGGAGAUAUCAACGGUGUGGAGUUUGGAAUUGCUUUCCUGAAUGCCACGGUGACAGGCAGCCCUGACUCUGAAACGAGAGUAAUACAAGCAAAGGUCACAAAUGUCCCUCGGAGCCUUGGUCCACUGAUGAGAAAGCUUGUUUCUAUACUCAGCCCAGUUUAUUGGACAACUGCAAAAGAAAUUGGAGAAGCAAUGAAUGGGUUUACACUCACUGAUGCAGUCUUCAAGAGAGAAACUCAAGUGGAGUUUGCAACUGGUGAGGUCCUGCGGAUGACGCACGUUGCACGGGGCCUGGAUUCCGAGGGAGCCUUGCUGCUGGAUGUUGUUGUCAGCGGCCACGUGCUGCAGCUCCAGUCCACAGAUGAUGUCAACGUGAAGGAUUACACAGAGGACUACAUUCAGACGGGCCCUGGGCAGCUCUACGCCCAUUCCACUCGUCUCUUUGCUGUCGAUGGAGUCAGCGUUCCGUACACCUGGAACCACACCAUCACCUAUGAUCACACCAAAGGAAAGAUGCCUUUCCUGGUGGAAACUCUCCAUGCUUCCGCUAUUACAACAGAGUACAACCCACUGGAAGAAACUGUGGCCUUCAAAAUCCACGCGUCCAUUGCAAAAGGAGAUCGUAGCAAUCAGUGCCCUGCUGGGUUUGGUUUGGACUCAACUGGACCUUACUGUUCAGACGAAGACGAAUGUGCUGUGGGAAAUCCUUGCUCCCAUACCUGUCACAACGCCAUGGGCUCGUACUACUGCUCCUGUCCCAAAGGCCUCACCAUCUCUGCGGACGGCAGAACGUGUCAGGCCCUCGACGAGUGUGCGCUGGGCGGGCACUCCUGCGGCGCCGGGCAGGACUGCCACAACACCGCCGGCUCCUACCGCUGCCUGCUCCGCUGCGCCGCCGGCCUCAGGAGGACCCCGGAUGGACUCGGCUGCCAAGAUAUCAAUGAGUGUCAAGAGUCCAGCCCCUGUCAUCAGCGGUGCUUCAAUACCAUAGGAAGUUUCCACUGUGGUUGUGAUCCAGGAUACCAGCUGAAGGGCAGAAAAUGCAUAGAUGUAAAUGAGUGCAGGCAGAAUGUAUGCAGGCCUGAUCAGCUCUGCAAAAACACCCGUGGUGGCUAUAAGUGCAUUGAUCUGUGUCCCAACGGGAUGACCAAAGCAGCAGAAAAUGGAUCUUGUAUUGACAUCGACGAGUGCCGGGACGGGACUCACCAGUGCCGCUACAACCAGCUCUGUGAGAACACCCGGGGCAGCUACCGCUGCGCGUGCCCCCGCGGGCACCGCUCCCAGGGAGUCGGGAGACCUUGUGUGGAUAUUGAUGAAUGUGAAACCAGGGAUACCUGUCAGCAUGAAUGCAGAAACACCCUGGGAAGUUACCAGUGUACUUGUCCACCGGGAUAUCGGCUGAUGUCCAACGGCAAAACCUGUCAAGAUAUUGAUGAGUGCCUUGAACAGAACAUUAACUGUGGAUCAAAUCAGAUGUGUUUCAACAUGAGAGGAAGCUACCAGUGCAUAGACACACCUUGUCCACCAAACUAUCAGCGAGACCCUCUUUCUGGGUUCUGUCUCAAAAACUGCCCGGCCAAUGACUUGGAGUGUGACCUGAGUACCUACGCCUUGGAGUACAAGCUCCUCUCCCUGCCCUUCGGCAUAGCGGCCGGUCAGGAUCUGAUCCGGCUGGUUGCCUACACUCACGAUCAAGUGGUGCACCCCAGGACAACUUUCCUAAUGGCAGAGGAGGACCCAGCCAUCCCCUUCGCCCUGAGAGACGAGAACCUGAAGGGGGUGGUGUUCACCACCCGCGCGCUGCGCGAGCCCCAGACGUACCGCAUGGGGGUCCGGGCCGCCUCCUACAGCGCCGAGGGCAGCGUGGAGUACCGGACGACUUUCAUUGUUUAUGUAGCUGUGUCAGCCUACCCCUACUGA